AUGUUCUGUCGAGCUGGACAAAAUUUAACGCGUAAUGUUGGACGCAGGGCGUUCACACAAUCUGCAACUCGGAAAAGCUACGACGAUACCAUCCAGAAUCUCUUAAUUCACAAGGAUACCAAAGUCUUAGUCCAAGGCUUCACUGGCAAAACGGGUACUUUCCACGCAAAGGAGGCUUUGGCAUAUGGCACGAAGAUGGUCGGAGGUGUUUCACCGAAGAAAGCUGGCCAAACUCAUCUCGGCCUCCCUGUUUUCGGAAGCGUGAAGGAGGCCGUUAGAGAAACUAGCCCGGAUGCUACUGUACUCUAUGUGCCACCUCCUACCGCUGCUGAUGCUAUAAUUGAGGCAAUCGAGAACGAGAUUGGCUUGAUUGUCUGCAUCACAGAGGGCAUUCCCCAAGCCGAUGAAAUCAGAGUUAUGCAAGCUUUAAAGAGCCAAUUCAAGUCAAGGCUCGUUGGUCCAAAUUGCCCUGGCAUUAUCAACCCGCUGGGCUGCAAAAUGGGAAUUCAACCUGGCCACAUCCACAAACCGGGAAAUAUCGGCAUCGUCUCCCGCUCUGGGACGUUAACAUACGAGGCAGUCGCUCAAACAACCGAUGUCGGGCUGGGUCAGUCGCUCUGCAUCGGUAUUGGAGGUGACCCCUUCCCUGGAACCCAACAUGUCGAUUGUAUCAAGGUCUUCUUGGAUGAUCCCUCCACUGAAGGUAUCGUUAUAAUUGGAGAGAUUGGUGGAUCCAUGGAAGAAGAAGCGGCCGAAUAUCUGGAGAAAUACAACAAGACCCGAGCAAAUCCCAAACCUGUCGUUGGGUUCAUUGCCGGACGUACGGCUCCACCGGGACGACGUAUGGGACACGCCGGCGCUAUCAUUUCUGGUGGCAAAGGUGCUGCUUCGGAUAAGGUGGCUGCACUCUCAAAGGCUGGUGUUAUUGUGACGGACAGUCCUGCAAAAAUCGGUGCUGAAAUGUUCAAGGCUAUGAAAGCAGCUGGGCUGGUGUAG